AUGCUUAUUACGAAGCGCUACAAACAACGGCUAUUGAUUUUCACUGGUGCCAGCAUCAUUGCCUUGCUCUAUUUUAUCUUCUCGGGUGAUUUCACACACUUGUUGUCACGACUAUCGUUGUCCAAUUUCCAAGCUGUGGCCGACAAAACCAUCAUACCCUCGGGGUUCAUCCAUAGCGAGGCCGAGAUUGCUGCCUCGGUAAAUAGCGGCAAACAGCGCGGUUGGAAAAUAUGGCAAGGUUCCCAUUUCAAACAGGCCCAGUAUGAAGACCCGAGUCUAAGUCCCAAACGAGCUCGUUACCAUGCUGUCAAUUUCACCUUGUUCAAUAGCAAAAAGGAUAUAGGUUUAGAUUUGGACAAUUGCAAAAGCUUGCAGGAAGAGAAAAGCGUUUAUGUUGACCGCGCUCAAGAUAUGAAAUCUGACAUGCAUGAGAUUUUGACCAAGGUGCUAUACGAUUUGGAACUGGAAAAGAGCGAGUAUUUCAACGAUUUGAAACCGUUUAUACUACCGGAGUUAAAACUACAACUAAUGCUCAACGUGGUGGAUCGUUUUUGGUACCGCAUUGCUGGAAGCUCGGUUUGGUUGCAGGAUUUCGGCGUGCAUUACAUGAUUUCAAGAAUCCUAUACUCGCCGAAAGGCGUGAGAAACCAGCCGAUAAUCUCGCUUACAUACGCCCAGAUUUACGAUAAGGACUGGAAAGAAAUUGUUGGCGCUAGAUUAAUCGUACCGCCAUUGAAGCAAGGAGACCCAGAGGCUGAUGAAGACACGGAUGAAGGCACCAUACUACGAUUCAUGAAGUUUCCCCAUUUUGUGAAAAUCCCCUUUUGGCACGAUAUCGAUCACCUUGACGGAAGAUAUUACGGGCCCGAAGACCCCAGAUUGAUCUUGGUGAAAAACUCGCGCGGUUAUGAUGAACCGUUGAUUGUGUACAACUCCUUUUACGGGGUAAUGGAACCGUUUGACGACGAUGAGGACUCGAAGCUGCCGAAACAGUACGACUUUUACCGGUCCUUGUUCAUGUGCUGGCCAUGGCAGUUUGAAGAAGAUGGCAAAUACGUUAAAACCGUGGGCUUGAAAAUUGAAAAUGCGGAAACUUUGAAAAUCCAGAAAAACUGGACGCCUUUUAUUUCUCACAUUGCACGAAAGGAAACAGGCUACGAUACCCACAUUCGAUUCGUCAACCGGUGGGCCAACUUGGAUGUGUUGAAGUGCGAUUUUGACGGUAAUUGCCAGUUUGAAUACAGACUCGAUGAGAAAUUAUCUUUAAAAAACCAAAUCGGUCCACUUCGCGGGGGAACCCAGUUAUUCAACCUCCACUCCAUCUUGCCUGAACAUUUGAAAGCAAACAAGGAGAGAGAGAUAUACGUGGGGUUCGCCAGGGCCCAUUUGGAUAAUUGCGGGUGCGGCUCUGUAAUGUACCGGCCCAAUCUCGUCAUUGUUGUCCGCGACUCGUGGAACUAUAAGCCUCGGUACAUGAUCACCCACGUCUCGUCGUCCUUGUCGUUGGAUAUACCCGUGGGCGGCUGGGACAUAUUGUACCCGGAAAACGUUUGUCUUCGCUCGAGUAUCCUCAUCCCCAACGGCAUAUCAAUGUGGCACGCCCGCUUUGACCCACACGGCAAGAUCCUCGAAGAUUAUCUCACGCUUACGUUUUCCAUUGCCGAUAACACGGUGCAAAGGAUAAAUAUCCGCGGCCUACUCCAAGUCAUUGACCAAAUGGGGGUGCUCGAAAGUGGCAAGGACAAGUCCGAGCCAAUCUCGGAGUUUCGAGUCACGAACGACAACAUUGUGUGCGCUUUGGAUUCAUCGACCAAAUUCUGUGAAAAGUACGGCCAGGAAAUGCAGCCAAAGACAUUGAAAGACUACGAAGAGGAUCACGAGGGUUUGGUUUUGGAUAAAAAGAAACUAGAGUAUUUCAAACUUGCGAGACAUUACAAUUUCAGAGGCUCGGAUGCUUAUGUGUGA